AGUGGGAGUCAAUCGUGGCCGUACGUUAGUAGUUCAUACUCCGCCCAUGAUUGAUUGCCCCUAUAAAUAGCGGCCAAAAUUAGUCAAAUUGACCCUAAACAUCAAACUUCUUGUUGGAGAUUUGAAGAUUCCCUCUGGUUUAUCAAGAUGGCACGUACCAAGCAAACUGCUCGUAAAUCCACUGGAGGCAAGGCGCCGAGGAAGCAGCUUGCGACAAAGGCUGCUCGUAAGUCUGCCCCAACCACAGGUGGUGUGAAGAAGCCCCACAGAUAUCGUCCUGGAACUGUUGCACUUCGUGAAAUUCGCAAGUACCAAAAGAGUACUGAACUCCUUAUCAGGAAACUCCCAUUCCAGAGGCUUGUUCGUGAAAUUGCUCAGGAUUUUAAGACUGACUUGCGAUUCCAGAGCCAUGCGGUUUUGGCCUUACAAGAGGCAGCAGAAGCAUACCUUGUUGGAUUGUUUGAGGAUACUAAUCUGUGUGCCAUCCACGCAAAGCGUGUUACCAUAAUGCCCAAGGACAUUCAGCUUGCCAGGAGAAUCCGUGGUGAGAGGGCUUAAAAGCUCAAUUUGCUACAAGGUGGUCAGCUGAUUGUUGAUGAUUGUGUAGCGGAUGUGUUUGUUGUAGGAUCUUACUCUGUCUUGUCAGUUCUUGUUUUUGAAUGUGAAAGUGGAUGAUCAGUAGGGUCAGACUGUAUUAGGGUACUUUAAGUUGGGGAUGGCUGGUACAGUGGAAUGUUGCUAUUAAACCCUGAACAACCUAACGUUGUUCGUUAAAAAUGUUUUUGCUGUUCAUGAAUUUGAUGUGUUUCAUCUAUAAAUUUGUUUGGUAUUAUGAAUA